AUGUCGUACGGAGAUCAACGUGUGAAGUUUGCGCUUUUCGGUCUCGGCCGUUUGGGGGUGCUUCGAGCCCGCAUCCUUGCUUUCCAGCAGCCUCGAAUCGAACUUGUGGCUGUCUGCGAUACAAAGCCAGGUACUGACAAGUGGGCUGCAGAGAACUUGCCUCCAAAUGUCAAAUAUUUCUCAGACCCUCAAGAGUGCUUGAAGAACAGCGGCGCUGAAGCUGUUCUCAUCUGUACCGCAACGGCUACACAUGCACCUUUGAUCCUGCAAGCCCUUGAUCUAAACUUGCACGUCAUGUGCGAGAAACCCGUCUCUGUGGACAUCGCUACCACUAAAGAAGUCGUUGAGAAGUCGGCUUCUAGGCCUGACCUCAAGUUCCUCGUUCCCUUCACUCGCCGAUAUGACAAGUCUUAUCGUCAGGCCAAGGCCCUAAUUGACAAAGGAACCUUGGGUGAAAUCCACGCCGUGGAGACAACUGGUAUCGACCAAGCAGACCCCAAUGCCUUCUUCGUGGCCUUUUCUGAGAUGUCCGGUGGAAUCUUCCUUGAUUUUGGCAUCCACACUGUGGAUGCCGGACGAUACCUGCUAGAUGUGAAGUCAGGUCUCUCCAACCCCAAGAAGCAGGUCAACAGAGUCAUCGCCUUCGGUCAAAACGCUGUAUACGGGGACUUGGCCAAGUAUGGCGAUGCUGAUAACGCAUGGGGUCUCGUGGAGUAUGCAAAUGGCAAGAUAUUCAAGACCUACCUCGGUCGUACGCUCACCAGCGGCUUCGAGGACACCACGCGAUUGUGUGGCACCAAAGGACAUUCAAUCAUCAGUUCGAACUCGAAUGUUGAGAUUCGCGACCAUCUCGGUAUUCGCUCGGAAUCUGUUCCUGAUGCCUUCACUCUCUUUGAUGCGACCUUCCUGACCGACCUUGCCGAGUUUGCUGAUGCGGUGCUUGAUAACAAGCCCAUGACUUGUGUACCAGAGGACGCCUUUGAGGCCGGUAAGAUCUGCGCUGCCCUGCAAUAUUCAUUCCGCAAGGGUGUGCCAGUAUACUUCGAUGACAAUGGUAUCCCCAUCAUGGACUAG